GAGCUGUUGCCCAUCAUGUCUUCAGCUUCGUUAGUUAAGAGCUUUAACCUCACCUCCUCCGCCCUCUCUUCCGCUACCAGCAGGAAACCUAGUAAUAUUUGUGCCAGGAUCAGCACUUCUUCUUCUCCUUGUAGAUCUCCUCCCCCUAACCUAAUCCAAAACAAGCCUGUUACCUCCGUUCCUGCUAUCACUCGGAAGGAAGAAAUGUCAAAGGAGUACGAAGAGGCCAUUGCAUCUCUCCAGAAACUUCUCAGUGAGAAGGAGGAGCUGAGGGCUGAAGCGGCUGCGAAAGUGGAGCAGGUAACAGCUCAGCUGGCGACGGCCGAGGCCAACGGCGCCACCAAGCCUUAUGAUGCCGCCGAGAGGCUCAAGAGCGGCUUCAUUUACUUCAAGAAAGAGAAAUACGACAAGAAUCCGGCUCUUUACGGUGAACUUGCCAAAGGACAAUGGCCCAAGUUUAUGCUGUUUGCAUGCUCGGAUUCUCGAGUCUGUCCUUCACAUGUUCUGGAUAUGCAGCCAGGAGAGGCUUUUGUUGUCCGCACAGUUGCUAACUUGGUCCCACCCUAUGAUAAGACUAAAUACGCUGGAACUGGGGCGGCCGUUGAGUAUGCUGUCUUGCAUCUCAAGGUUUCAUACAUAGUGGUGAUUGGGCACAGCGCCUGUGGAGGAAUCAAGGCGCUCUUGUCGAUUCCAGAAGAUGGGUCUACCCUUGGCACUGACUUCAUAGAAGACUGGAUUGGUAUCGCAUCGCCGGCAGGGAAGAAGGUGAAGGCAGAUCAUGGUGCCGAUGCUCCUUUCGCUGAUCUAUGCGGCCACUGUGAAAAGGAGGCGGUGAAUGUAUCGAUCGGAAACCUGCUGAGCUAUCCGUUUGUGAGAGAGGGUUUGCUGAAGAAAACCCUAGCAAUCAAGGGAGGAUACUAUGACUUUGUCAACGGACGUUUCGAGCUCUGGGAUGUUGAUUUCAGCCUCAACCCCAUCUUCUCCGUAUGAUCGUAAUCACAUUCCCAUGCAACUCAAUUGCUUCCUGUUUGUAAUUUCCUUCUUAAUUUCAUCUGCAGCGUCGUCUGCAAAUGUAAUCGUAUAAUUUCCUUGAGAUUGUAAUCGUUUGCGAAAAAAUAAUAAACGGAGAUCCAGGUUGGCUCCUUCGUUCAUCAUUUCACAUGCAAAAUUUAUUUAAUUUUCCGGUUUAAAUUU